UUGGAUGUGCUCUAAUUGGAGCACAUCCAACUUUUAGAAGCGUGGAUCUCUCUACUCGAACUCGCGUACUAGAGAAUAUCAAAUAAGAUUUAAAAUGGCAGCAUCUGGUCAAAAGUUGUCCAGAGAUGAUUGGCGAAAACAGAAAGAGCUUGAAGAGGCAAGAAAAGCUGGUACUGCUCCAGCAGAAGUUGAUGAAGAAGGCAGAGACAUCAAUCCUCAUAUCCCGCAAUACAUUUCUCAAGCUCCUUGGUACGUGACUCUAGGACGACCUUCUUUGUCUCACCAGCGACCACAAGAAGACAAGGAGAAGCGCUUUGACGGUGUGAAUAAGUGGUACAAACGUGGCAUUGAUUCUUCUAAGACAGCCAUAAAAUUCAGAAAAGGAGCAUGUGAAAACUGUGGCUCGAUGACACACAAAAAGAAGGAUUGCUUAGAGAGGCCAAGGAAGGUGGGUGCAAGGUUUACUGGAGAUGAUAUUAGGCCUGAUGAACACGUCCAACCAGACUUUGAGUUCUCCUAUGAUGCUAAAAGGGAUCGGUGGAAUGGGUACAACACAGAUCAACAUCAAAAAGUCGUUGAAGAAUUUUCUAAGGUUGAGAUGGCCAAGCGACAAUUGAAAGCCGAGAAACUCCAGUCAGAGCUGCUCUCAGGGAAGCUUUCUGAGUCCUCUAUGAAGGCUGUGACCAAUGACAGUGACGACAGUGACGAUGAAGAGAAGUAUGCCGACCAAGCUGAUAUGGCAGGUACUAAGUUUGACCCUAAAACUCGAACUACAGUACGAAAUCUGAGAAUCAGAGAAGAUACUGCUAAGUACCUGUACAACUUGGACCCAAACUCUGCUUACUACGAUCCAAAGACUCGCUCUAUGAGAGAAAACCCUUUCAAACACUCAAGUAAGGAGUCUCUGCAGGCCAAAUUUGCUGGCGACAAUUUCGUUAGGCAAGCUGGAGACGUUAAAGACUUCGCCAAAAGUCAAAUGUUUGCUUGGGACGCAUUUGAACACGGGACUGACAUCCACUCUUUGGCUGACCCUACUAAACUCGAAGUCAUGCACAAGGAGUUUAAAGUCAAUAAGGGGAGCUUCAAAGAUGAGCAACAAAAGAGCAUUCUAGAGCAGUAUGGUGGCGAGGAACACCUUGAUGCUCCCCCCAAAGAGCUGCUGCUUGCCCAGACAGAAGAGUAUGUGGAGUACUCAAGACUUGGAAAUGUGAUUAAAGGGCAGGAGAAAGCUGUGACCAAGUCCAGAUAUGAGGAAGAUGUAUUCACUAACAACCACAUUACCGUUUGGGGCUCAUACUGGGAGGAAGGUAGAUGGGGGUAUGCGUGCUGCUACUCGCUUGUCAAAGGGUCUUACUGCACUGGAGAGUCAGGAAAGCUUGCCAGAAAGGCCAGCCAACAUGCAGUGUUUAGCACCACAAACGAGCAAGCAUCUUCGGAAGAAGAAGACAAGCCUGUGACCCUACUGGAGCAGCACAAAACCAAGAUGGAUAAGAAGAAGAAAAAGAGUAAGGAAGACCAACUAAAAGAGGAACUAGAGGAAGAAGUGGCCAAGCAAGAAAGAUUAAAAAAGGCAUUGAGAGUUGAAGAGGAAAGAGGUAAAGAUAUGACAAAAAUCCUUGCGAUGGAUGAACGCAAGAGACCUUAUAACUCAAUGAAGGCUGAUGAGUCCAGAGAGCCUACUGAAGAAGAGAUGGAAGCCUACCGCCUGAAAAGAAGAAGGCAAGAAGAUCCAAUGGCAGACUUUAUGUAAUGACAAUUAAUUUUUACAGUAACUAUAAUUCGAUUAAACCUCUUCAUGUUUGUACGUAUCAUUGCACAAUACCAGGAGUCAUGCACUCCUGACAAUACUUAAGUCUUAAUUUAAGUCUUAAUUUUUCAAUCAUUGCGAAAAUGAAUGUUGAGUUUUAAUGGA